AUGAUCAGUGAUAUCAAAGUAGGAGAUGUAAUCUAUGGUGAUGAUGUUUCUUUAGCUGAUAAAGAAACUGAUGAAGCUUCAAUUAAAAAAAAACAAUAUAUUUUGUAUAAAUAAAACUAUUUAGAAUCCAUAAGAGUCUACAAAGUGAUUCUAAAGAAGGAGAUGCUUACUCAUCACCAAGUAGAAAUUCAGAAGGUUAUAUAAGUUUGGAAGAAUAUCGUAAAAAAUAAUAAUUGUUUAUUUUAAUAGAAAAAGAGAAAGAAUUGGAACUAAGGAGAUAACCAGCUUAUAAGGCACAGAGCUAAAUUGUUUUUAAAGAUAAUAGUGAAACUUGCUUACUAAAAAAGAUGUCUCAAACUUAGUUAAGAAUAAACACCCGAACAGAGAAAUGA